GUUUGUUUUGUUCAGCUGAGAAUCUGUAGCCUCUGCUGCUCUACUAGUUUUGUGGUGUUCCAUCCGUGGUCUUUGGCUUGCACUAGACAUAGAGAUACAUUUUAGAGAGUCUCUCCUUCACCAUAGCUCAACUCUAAAACUGAUGUUAGAAGGAUACAAAAAGACACAAAUUGUUAGACCCCUCGAGCUCCCUUAUAAAAACCAUAAAUACAUGAAACAAAGACCCUUGAGGAAAUAAUGCGAAACAAACGAAAUCAGAGGAGAUAAAAGGGAAAUUGGAAAAUUUUGGAGGAAUUAGGAAUUGAAAAUCAAAUUAGAACACACUAACUAAUUUUGCAUAUGGAAAGAAAAAAAAAUCUAAAAUUCAUAAUCUGGAAGCUAUAGAUUAAUACAGAGACGAAGACUUGCUGCUGUUCGUAAAGCACAGAAACUGUAAAGAAGAUUUCAGAUUUGGUGAGUUUAUAUUUUUUAAGAUCAUCAGAAAUUGUAUUACAUUCAUUGGAAGAGAAAUUCCUGAGUUGGCCACCGGGUAUAUUUGGGUUUUUUUAAUUCCAAAUCCCUUUUUAUAAAUUCAUAUAAGAGCAGCAUAAUCUCAUUUAGCCCAUCAGGCCCACGAUGUAUAAAGCAUUAAAGAGGUUGUGAUGUGAGGUGAGAGAGAAUCGAACCCUAGUCUAGUGCGAAGUCAAAACAUAAUAAUUGACCACUAGCCUGCACGAUCUUCUUAUUAAAUCCUGUAUUUUUAUUUCCCUUUAUCAAUGCGAUAAUAGAACACGCAGAUCUUUCCCGGCCAUUCUUCUCCUCCGAGUAGCUAAACCCUAGCGACGGCAACAAUGGUGUAGAUUCAUUCAACGGUUCGUUUCGUUGUUUAUCGGGUGACACUUUGGUGAGAGGGAGAGUAUUUGUGAAACAAGUCAAUGGAUUUAGAUUUUGAUGAUCAACCCUCGGAUCAUGCUGCACCAGCAGUUAGGGCUGGUGCAAGGUUUAAACCAAAAGGUAGACCACAACCCAAGAAGAAGCAAGUGUCUCUUUCAACAUCCCAGACAACAAUCUCUACCGAUGCUGCCAAGGAAAAACUCUCAACACAAAACGAAGAUACGGUUUCCCUAGACGGAUCGUCGGCGAUUCCCAGCAAUGCUUUACCCUCUGAGACUAAUAUGCCGGAUAGUGAAACUAUUAUCAAAUCUACUACUGGAACAUUAUCAGAAGAGAAUGUAGAUGUAUUCCCAAGAGGGGUUCAUUGGUCUACGAGACCAUCUAUUCUGCGUGCUUGUAAUAACGUGGAUUUGGUGGGAAAAAGCUGUGGUGAUGGCAUAGAGGCGGCGUCUUCAUUUCCUGAUGAUCCUAGAACGCAAGAUUCUACAAUAUUUGGAGAUUAUGUGACUCCUGAAACCAGGGAAGACGAAGGUCGUGUGGACAUGGAAACUCUUGAUAUUGUACAGGAGGAAGGCACCACCAGUUCAUAUGUGCAACAUACUGGAAAGUUGCAACCAAAACCUAGAAUCCUCGAUACUGUGGUUGAAGAACCUGAGCCUCAUUACUCCGCUGGUGAUACUGGUUAUUUUCCAAUGGGUACGAACGAGUCUGACUUUAUGGUCAAUGUGGAAUCAAGAAACGGUUUCAGUAGUUAUGGAGAUACUCAAGAAGAAGAACUUAAUAUUCCUGAAGCCCCCAGAGACAUGGUCCAUGAGAUGGAGGCGCGAAAUGCUUCUGGCGGAUGGGAACACGAAGAACAGGGUGUAUCGCCUUGUACAAACAAUACAGUUACAGGAGAAGAAGAAAAUUGUUUGGGUAAAACAGUAGAAGAACAGUCUGGAAGAGAGAGCAAAACUAGAAAAUCGAAGAGAGCUACUUCUCGAAAGCGGAAAAAGACUAGUGAAGAACCAAAUAAGUCUAGCGAAAAAACAGAGCAGAAGAAGUUCAAGCAUUCGAGUCGUCGACAAAAAAGAACACUGGAGAAGGAAUUGCUUGAAACCCCGGAUGAUGAAAUCAGAUUUCUGCCUCUUAGAGAUAUGCUUCGCCUUGUCGAAUAUAAAGAAUGGAUGGAGAAAAAGGAAGCAAAGGGAGCUGGUGUGCAACCUAGCCAAGAAAGUAAUAUGAAUGCAUCAGAGAGCCAGUAUCAUUCUCAAGGUUUUGACGACGAAGAUGAAUUUGGUGAAUUUGGUAUAGAGUCGAGCGAAAAUCAAGAAAAUAAUGUAGUUAAACCGGAUUCACCGGUUAACUAUCAAACCUACAUGAACAAGACUUCAAGAACUAGAUGGUCAAAACAAGAUACAGAACUCUUCUAUGAGGGAAUUCAAGAGUUUGGGAGCAAUCUAUCGAUGAUACAACAGCUGUUCCCUAAUAGAACGCGUGAACAGAUGAAGCUCAAAUUCAAAUUGGAGGAACGCCGAAAUCCAUUGAAGCUUAAUGAUGCAUUAUCAAGUCGCUCAAAACAUUUUACUCAUUUCAAGAACGUGAUUAAGAAGCUUCAACAAGAAGCCGCGGCUGCAAAAGAAGCUGAAGAAGAAGAAGCUGGAACAGAGGCAGAGACACCUGAUGUUCCCGAGAAUGAGGAGCCGGAGAAGUCUGAGGAGACGGAGCGAGCCAGUGAUGGAGUAGCAGCUGGAGUUAAAGAAUCGGACGGUGGGGAUAUUGAGAAUGGCGUGAGAUCGGACGGUGGAGAUGAAUGUGAAGAUGAUGAAGAUGAUUUUUGGAGUUCUUAUAAGAGUGACAUGUAAACUAUAUAAACAAAUUAGUCUUUUCGUCGUGAUUGAAUACAUUAAUCUUUUGAUUGAGAGGAAGAAUAUACAUUAUUCACGUUUAAUUA